AUCAAUGUAAAUAAACAAUGCAAACAUAAAAAAUUAAAUUUUUCUCAAAAAUUUCAAAAAUAAAAUGGAAGACUCCAUCGAUCUCGACUUCAGUAACAUGAGCAAAGAAGAAGCUCUUCAAAAAUACGUCAGAAACAUGAAAAAAUUGGAAAAAGCAGCUAAAAGAAGUAACAUUAACGGAGCGACUUUCAAGCAAUAUGUCCUUCAACAAUUCCAUUACAAGCAUUCCUAUUGGACCUACAAAUGCUUGGUUUACUACAAAAUCAGCAGCAAAUUCAUCUCCCGGUUCUUCAGACAUCACAAAAGAACAUUUUUCAAGUUCCUGCUGUUAAUUUUCCUGCUUCUCGUGCUGCAAUCGUACAAAAGUGAGGGUCAGGCGUGGUUUAUUCGCACAAUUCAGACCUUUAUUUAUCCAUUUAUGCGAGUUUUACGGAAAAUUGCUAUUCCAUUACUUGUGGUCUUUCCUCAAAUGGCGAAUUUGUACGAAGAAACUUGUCUCGUGAGCAAUCCGUACUUCCAAACGAACCAAAUUGACUGCACCGGAUGUCAACAUAUCAAUAUUAUGGAUUUGACGAGUCAAGCUCAUUUGAUAAAUGUUUAUAAUAAUUUUCCGUUUUUGCUGAAUAUGGAUUCUGAGGAAAUUUCUCUCCAAGACAUCCAUUCGCAAGUAAUGAAGAUGCGAGAAAGUUCGGUUUCUGCUCAGUCUUUGGCUCAAACGUUUCUGACUUUUUAUAAUAACACGAAUGACAAGCAAAAUCACAGUAUUUGGAAAUGCAAUACGAUGAAUUGUGCGCGACUUUUAAGAAAAGUUUUGCCUCGCCCGAAGAAGUUACCCAAAGAAAUGAGCAUCAGCAUCACGAGAUUUCUUACUUUUGAUACUCGGGAUUGGCCUGCGUACAAAAUUCCCGAUGGAGAUUGCGAUAUGUCGUUCAUUUAUCAAAUUAUUGGAUCUCGAAAAGUUGUUUUGACGCCAAAUUCAAAGUGUCUCGACGUUUGUAAGAAGCUGACGAUUAAUUUAUCUGAGAAAAAUAUUCUUUUCUAUAAUUGGUGGUUUUACGAUGCAAUUUCCGUACCAAAUUAUCAGUCAAAAUUGUCAAUUUCGUAUGUUGGAUCUUAUUGCUGAGCCCAUCGAAGACAAAAAUUAUUUAAAAUUACCGAGAAAAAAUCAAAACCAAAGUCAAUUCUUGAAUUUUACUAUUUAUUGCUGAAUUAUUUUAAAUUAAAAUAAAAGAUUUAAUUUUUCU